CAAGUGAUAAUAAUUACUCGCCAGUUCUUCCAUUUGGUGGCCUGCAUAACAUACCAACGCCGGUGUUGGUGAUAAUCCAGUACCCACAAAAAGUGACGACACAAAUCAACAACAAAUAAAUAAUAGGAGCAAAACAGUUUCAUCCUCACACUACUCAGAAACGAGGAAAAGGAAUAUGAGCAGGUGUGGCACGAUAAGCGUCCCGUUCAAAAAACACAAACAUUGGCAGCAGCGACUCUGCAGGAACGACGGGUGUUGGGGACCGUCGCGCGAGUACCCGGGGAACACUACUGUCCACUGUGUGCCGCGUGUGUCCUGGCGGGGAGUGGCCGGGGACACACGACAGGCAGUGUGUGUGUGUGUGUGUGUCAUCUCCGUGCAAGGACGGGCGGCAGACUCACCACACACCCACAGCCUCCUGCCAGACUUCUAUAGUAUGACAGCCAAGUUCCCUGACCACCAUGACAGCCUGAACAAGGCCUAGCGGGGCAUGCCUAAGCCUAGGGAUGACGGAAGACACGCCCCAGAGGAAGACGUCAGCCAGGAAUCCCCGCGCGGUCAGCCUCUUGCUGGGGGUGCGGCAGCGGCAGCAACCGAUGGCAAGUCUGGAGAAGCAGGGUGAGAUGGAGGUGUGGCCAGGCCUGUACGCACACCUCACCUCCCAGCUGAUGGCCCUGGCGCGGGGCAAGGUGGUGCUGGUGCUGGAGGUGUGGCCAGGCCUGUACGCACACCUCACCUCCCAGCUGAUGGCCCUGGCGCGGGGCAAGGUGGUGCUGGUGCUGGAGGUGUGGCCAGGCCUGUACACACACCUCACCUCCCAGCUGAUGGCCCUGGCGCGGGGCAAGGUGGUGCUGGUGCUGGAGGUGUGGCCAGGCCUGUACACACACCUCACCUCCCAGCUGAUGGCCCUGGCGCGGGGCAAGGUGGUGCUGGUGCUGGAGGUGUGGCCAGGCCUGUACACACACCUCACCUCCCAGCUGAUGGCCCUGGCACGGGGCAAGGUGGUGCUGGUGCUGGAGGUGUGGCCAGGCCUGUACACACACCUCACCUCCCAGCUGAUGGCCCUGGCGCGGGGCAAGGUGGUGCUGGUGCUGGAGGUGUGGCCAGGCCUGUACACACACCUCACCUCCCAGCUGAUGGCCCUGGCACGGGGCAAGGUGGUGCUGGUGCUGGAGGUGACCAGUCUGACCUCACCCAAACAUUGUGGCAGGAACUGAGCACCACACAUCCACACACUGGGUGGGUGGUGCCUGCCGUCCAGGCCAAGAGUGCCGCCCACACCCUCAGUGCCUUGCUGGGCCACCACUGCCCCCCUGCUGGACCCCCCUGCAGCCAUCACCAAGCCUUCAGGAGACACUGCUGAGCCUGGUGUAUGUCCAGCGGGCACACUGGCGCUGCUUCCAGUACCAGGGGUCCUUAUGCCAGCAGGAGGUGCGGGGCGAGGCUGAUCCCAGCACCUUCAACCCGAGCCUCUCCUUCCAAGGCCUGGUGGGUGUCUGGCCCUUACGCCUCCAGACCAGAGACGCCAUGCAGCUCCUGACACCACAGACCAGCAGCUCAGGGAGAGGAUUGGUGAGAAACUGCUGCAGCUGAGGAGGGAAGAGGCCGUGGUGCUGAGUGAGUCUCCGAGGCUGUGUCUGGUGUGUGACGAGCAGGUGGAGCAACACGCAGCCUUACAGAAGGAGUGGUAUGGGUGACGCAGAGGCUCUCACUCAGGUGGUGCUGCCCGUGGCCUACCAGUUCAACCCACAGCUGGUCCUGGUCACUGCCAGCCUUGAUGCUGGUGCGGGGACCCACUUGGAGGUUGCUGCGUGAGUCCCGAUUGCUUUGAACAUAUGAUGGCCCUUCUGUCUGGCCUGGCCGAGGGCCGCAUGGUUCUGGCACUGGAGGGCGGCUUCAACCUCACCACCAUCAGCUGCUGCAUGACGCUGUGUGCCAAGGCCUUGCUGGGGGACCCGCUGCCCCCCCCUUGAGCCCCAGCUGGUGCCCAACAAGAGUGCCGUGCAGACCAUCAAUGACGUCAUCCGUACCCACAGCCGCUACUGGCCGGCGCUCUGCUUCAAGGUGAGUGUGGGGGUCUUUAAUCCGACCACUGCAAUUGGCACGGAUUUGGCCUUCACUGGUAGCCUGGUAGCAUACAGUCCCAGGUCUUUCUCUGCCUCUGUGGUGAUAGUGGAGUGUUUCCCAUGUGGUAUUGGUGUGCUGGAUAUCCCCUCCCAAGGUGCAGGACUUUACAUUUUUGUUCAGUGAAUUGUAGCAGACACUUUUUGUUCCAUUGCUGUAGCUUGGUGAGGUCUUCUUGUAAGAAAUCCACAGUCAAGGGGUUAAGGGGCAGGACUGGUGAAAGUUAUCCCUCAUGUCCUGCUGGUGUGUUCUGUGCCUGGUAGUGUUGUCAGUACAUAAUAUAGAAAGCUGCCUCAUUUCCAGAACUAUAUAUUGGACAUGUAUUAGUUAGAUCUCUCAAAACAUUUCUUCAGUUCUCAGUGGCAAUAGUUAUUGUUGUUGUCAGACAGUAAGAAGCAAAACACAUUAUCCUCUCUAUGUUUUGCAGUCUUUUCUUGUGGUUUGAGUCCUUGUGGUGCCUGACCCUGGGCAAGGUUACUUUCUUUACUGCCCUCACACUGCUCCUUGCCUCCCUGGAGCAGAGUCAGGGAGAGGUUGUCUACAUCUACCAUCAGUAUAACAGUCUUGGUGAUUAGUAGAAGAUAAUAGAAGGAAUAGAAGGUUAAUUUUGAUUUAUAUUAGUUUUUUUCAUAAUAUCUCUUCUUCCUUCUCCUCCUCCUCUCUCUCAUUCUUCCUCCCUCUCUCUUCCUUUCUUCCUCCCUUUCCCUCUCCUCUGUCUCUGCCUUCAUUACAUUCUUCACCCAUUCCUCCUCUCCUCUCCCCUCCAGGAUUUAUACCUCAUCCAAAUCUCUCCUUAUAUUAGAAUCGCUUCUCUUUCCUUCCCUCCCUCCUCUCCUCCUUCUCCCUCUCCCUCCCACUCUCUCUUCC